ACAAGCUUGAUUUUCAACCCCAUGUCGUGGAAAGAGUUCAGGGGCCAUAGCUUUUCCAUGGGCGGAGAUAAGGGGGCUAAUUCAAUUGCCAAUUUCAUUGCUCAUUAUCACAAGAAUGAUAAUAUAGCUCCUUUUCAGCAAGAUGAGGAGCAGGAGGAAGAUAUGGAAGAGACCUAUCUUAAUUUGGGUGGCUUUUUUGGAGAUGAGAACAUGCCUAUGUCUGCGGCUGAAGAUUCGCCUUUUUUGGAAGAGGAAGAAAAGUCGUUCCCUUAUUAUUCAAACGUCUAUCCGUCUUGGAAUCCAUUUGCAAGGCGUAGAGACAUCGACGCCAACAUCAACACGAACAAAAGACCACUAGGAGCUUCCAGAGGCAAACGAUUCGUGCGAAUGUGCUUGCGCGGUUGGUGCCCGCCAUUUAGCUGGCUCUAUAGUUCCAAGGUUGACAAUCUCAAUGCCGCCAUUAGUGGCUCCAAAUCUGAUGCUCUUAGUAAGCAAUUUGUGUACAUAAACAACCAACUCAAAAAGCUUGCAAACCAAACCAACAUCGAUCUCUCUGCAGAAUGGAAGAUGGUGACACUUUUCAUUGGAAUGAACGAUUUGUGUGUUCCUGAUUGCGAAAAGGCAUUUCCGGAAAACCCAAAUUCACCGAGGCAUCCGAAGACCUUCAAGAAACAGGUCAUGGACCUAAUGGAGCAGAUUUCAGAAAAUUACCCGAAAACGAUUGUAAACAUCGUCCAGCUGCUUGAUGUCUCUCCGUUAGAUCUUUGGACACGAGACAAAGAACGAUGCUCAAAUGUGAAUUGGCUACGCAAAUACCUUUGUCCAUGUUGCCGUUCCGAGUUUGGACGAGAAAUACUCAAGGAACGCAUGAAAGUGUACAACGAAAUGUUAGAGGAUGUUUGGAAGGCUUAUACCGUUUUUGAUAUCGAUCGUGGUGUUCGUGUGCCGCUCAUGAAAGACUUUGCAGUCAUCCUUUCACCACAAUUGACGGAAAUCAAUCUAGAACGUGAUGUCCCCAUUGAGUUCAUAAGCAAGUUGGACUGUUUCCAUCUUUCACUGCUUGGCCACCAGACACUUGCCAUUGCGAUUUGGUAA